GCCAGUGGGCUCCUGGUCUCCCCGUCGCGCAGUUAGCUCUCCUCGACCGCCGGCGGCGGCGGCGGCGGCGGCUCCCCGGGCCCUCCCACCGCAGCUUGCCGCCACCGCCCCGAGCGGUCGUGCCACAGCAGAAAUGCCGCCGCCGCCCGGCCCGAGCCUGCUCUGGUUCGGACUGGUCCUGGGCUCCGUCGGCGCUGCCCUCGAGUGCGCGGCGCCCGGGGACUCAGCCGCAGAGGCCCUGAACGUCCUCUUCAUAGUCGUGGAUGACCUGCGCCCCACUCUGGGCUGUUACGGGGACAAGCUCGUGAAGUCCCCAAACAUCGACCAGCUGGCAUCCCACAGUCUCCUCUUCCAGAAUGCUUUUGCCCAGCAAGCCGUGUGCGCCCCCAGUCGAGUGUCCUUCCUCACCGGGAGGAGACCAGACACCACCCGCCUGUAUGACUUCAACUCCUACUGGAGGGUGCACUCUGGGAAUUACUUCACCAUCCCCCAGUACUUCAAGGAGAAUGGCUAUGUGACCAUGUCGGUUGGAAAAGUCUUUCACCCGGGAAUAUCUUCCAACCACAGCGAUGAUUCUCCAUAUAGCUGGUCUAUUCCACCUUAUCAUCCCUCUUCUGAGAAGUAUGAAAACACCAAGACAUGUAGGGGGCCCGAUGGAGAACUCCAUGCCAACCUGCUUUGCCCCGUGGACGUGGCGGAUGUGCCUGAGGGCACCUUGCCUGACAAACAGAGCACCAAGGAAGCCAUACGCUUGUUAGAGAAGAUGAAGACGUCGGCCAGUCCUUUCUUCCUUGCCGUCGGGUAUCAUAAGCCGCACAUCCCCUUCAGAUAUCCCAAGGAAUUUCAGAAGCUGUAUCCCUUGGAGAACAUCACCCUGGCUCCUGACCCCCAGGUCCCAGCUGGCCUACCCCCAGUGGCCUACAACCCCUGGAUGGACAUCAGGGAGCGGGAGGACGUCCAGGCCUUAAACCUCAGUGUGCCCUACGGCCCAAUUCCUAUGGACUUUCAGCGGAAAAUCCGCCAGAGCUACUUCGCCUCCGUGUCAUAUUUGGAUACCCAGAUCGGCCAUCUUUUGAGUACUCUGGAUGACCUUCAGCUGGCCAACAGCACGAUCAUUGUGUUCACCUCGGAUCACGGCUGGGCUCUAGGUGAGCACGGAGAAUGGGCCAAAUACAGCAAUUUUGACGUCACCACUCGUGUACCCCUGAUGUUUUAUGUUCCUGGAAGAACGGCUUCGCUUCCAGAGGCAGGCGAGAAGCUUUUCCCCUAUGUGGAUCCUUUCAGUUCCAUCCCAGAACCGAUGGAGCCAGGCAGGCAAGCCACAGCCCUUGUGGAACUUGUCUCUCUCUUCCCCACACUUGCCGGACUGGCAGGAUUGCGAGUUCCACCACGCUGCCCCGUCCCCUCGUUUCAUGUUGAGCUGUGCAGAGAAGGCCACAAUCUUCUGAAGCAUUUUCGAUUCCCUGACUUGGGAGAGGCUCCCUCCCUCCGUGGGACUCCCCGUGAGUCGAUUGCCUAUAGCCAGUACCCUCGGCCUGCAGAUGCCCCUCAGUGGAAUUCUGAUAAGCCGAGUUUAAAAGAUAUAAAGGUCAUGGGCUAUUCCAUACGCACGAUAGAUUAUAGGUACACUGUGUGGGUUGGCUUCAAUCCUGAUAAAUUUCUCGCUAACUUUUCAGACAUCCACGCGGGGGAACUGUAUUUUGUAGAUUCUGACCCACUGCAGGAUCAUAAUGUAUAUAAUGACACCCAAGUUGAAGAACUUCCCCGAUCAUUGAUGCCUUAAGUUUUGCCCACCACAAAGGGCAAGCUGGUGAGAAAAUGAGUCGGAGCUGGUUAUUUUGUGAUUUCCCAUAUCGGAGCCAACCCAAGGAGUAGGCAGUCAAAACAUGCAUUAACAGUUUGGCCUAAAGAAAAUGUAACAGCCAAACCUUUGAAUUUAGUCUUUGUGAAUUUACAAUUGGUAGUAAUUUGGACUGAGGCUGGGCUGAACUUUUCUUUUUUAUUUUUUUCCUUAAACAGUCAUAACUCAUUUAUUGAAGGAAUAAGUGCAAAGUGAACCAGCAAACUAAAAUUAGGUUAUACCUUUUUUAGAUACCAAGACUAUCAUAACCAAGCAUAUGAUACUCAAGAAAUACAAAGUUGUGGAAUUCAGUGCAUUUCAACCAGUAACCAUGUAUCAAAUUAAGUUUCAUGACUUUUGCUUUUAAUUUAAUCAUUAAAUUGAAAUGCACCAAAUUCCACAAUAUAUUCCAAAUAUUAUCAUGUCAGCACAUAAUCCGUGUCUCUUUCUAAAGUGUCAAGUUAAAUAAUACUGCUAAAAAGCCAAAGCCUUGGAUUAAAAAUCUCUCUUCAGUGUUUGUGUCUAAGACCACAAGAUUUCAAAAUCUGAAGACAAAGUGUGCAUGAGGUGAUUAAUGUGGAAUUUCUACAUUAAAUUAAUUAUCAUUUAUUAUGAUGCUCAGUGAACCUGAGACAUGAGAUGUCUGAGAAAUUCGGUGAAAAUUCUUCAUACACUUUCAGGCCCAAAUGAUAAUUUGUUAGCAAACAUUAUGACACUUAAACUCAAAGGCACUCCAUUAAAAGGCACUGCUGUUCACAAUGAAAACCAUUUCAAGAUGUAACAUAUCCUUGGAUUUAAUCACUCAAAACCCUAUUAAUGAUUUCCUUUUUUAGGGAUGGUUGGGUGCAGAUAUCCGUUUACCCAGGAAGCAAAAAAUAUUCUACUUCUGACUGCUAAUUAAAGAAAACAUUAAUUUUAUUAAGUUCUAAAUUGUUCUGAGUAUUGUGAAAACUGCAUUACUAUAUCAUUAGGUAAUUUUCAAUUCCCCAGAAUGUAGUUCUGUUUUCCCUAAAUAUAAAAAAAACCAGAAAGGCAGGUGGUAGUAAUAAUGAGCUUUAGUCUAUGUCAUCUUCUACAAGAGGGAUGGAAUAUUUAUAGCUAACAUUUACAUGAUGUGUUGAAGGUGAUUAGGCAACUAAAUUAUCAGUACUUAUUGGAAGAGUCUGUACCUUUCUAAACAUCUCAUGUGGUCCUGUUUUGAAAUACAAGUAAUUUUUGGUAAAUCUCUCUUUACAAAUGCUUCACAGUUUACAGGUAAAUGUUUGUGAAACAUAAUACCGCAAGUUGGAUUAAAGCUGUUGCAGUGUAUUUAUUACAUUGUAACCCAAAUAGGCAAGAUAUUAUAUUAAAAGAUUACUUCAACUCAGUAAAAUUUCAAAGACAGAUAGGAGUUUUACUCACUGGCCAACAGUAGAGAUAGGUAUAUGGUGACACAAUGACCCUCUCAGAAGUUAAGUGACUAACUGUUCUGGCAACAGCAGUUUCUCUCCCGAUCCUGAAGCUUGUCUCUCUUCCGGAAGCCUUGGCUUUUGUGAUCGGUUUCCUUUGGCUUUUUCUUUCUCCCUCUUCUUUAUCGCUCUUAUCACCUCCACUGUGACUUUUACAAUACAGUCUGUGACUUCCUCGUGACAUGUUUUUAUCUCCUCCUCCGACAUUGUCAUCGUAAGCUUUAACACAGGCCAUCUGUAAAUGCCACAUCCAUUUGUUGCUCCAGUUUGGCUACCAUCUAUAAACGUCAUCCUUUCUUCUCACUUCGUUUCUUGAAGCACAGUUUUAGGAUCAAAACUGUCCACAUUCUGUUCUCGAUGAAGUUGUAAGCUGUACCGGGCUGGAAGAGAGUGACACGACGUGACAUGCACCUGUCAUGCACAGCUGCCGGUUUAGCUAUAAAUCUGUGACCCUUUCCUCCAGCUGCAUGUUGAUCUGUGUCUUCUAGAAGUUCUUCUGUCUCAUCUCUUCUACCUGAGGGCAUAGCCCUGGAAUGCUUCCCCUCCUUUAGUUUUAGGUUUUCUUGGCCUUCCUUUACAUAGCUCUCCUCUUAGAAGCAAAGGCUGCACUUCACAUCCUGUGGCAUGUUCUUCUAAACGAUCUUACGAGUUACACUUCCUUUUUGUGUUGUUGACUUGGAAUGCAAUUUUGAGCUGCUUUUCCUUUCCCUUUGCACGUCUCCAGCACAUGCUGGGAUGAAUGGCCACUUUCUGGUUUUCAGAUAUCAAAGCUGGCCACAUUCCUUAUCUUGACCCUGUCUUUGUUGCUUCUCUCAUCCCAUGACAGGUAUUUUAUGAAUGGCUUGCCAGUCACUUUAUUUGUAGAAAUCCCCUUUUCACUUGAAUGGGGUUUAUUCAGUUGGUUUCGUUGCCAGCAGAACUAGUGAUCCCAGAAAGCUUGCAUGAAAUUUAAGUUGAUUAAAAUGAAAUCAAAAUUUGAACAGCAGAUCCUUAGUGGCUUUCCCCGCUUUUGAAGUGCUUAGUAGCUACUUCUGGCAGCUACCGUGUUGGGCAGCACAGAUCUAGAACCUUCCCAUUAUGGCAGAAAGCUCUGUUGAACAGAACUGCUCUCGAUUCUCUGAAUUUGAGCUCAGAUCCACCUGGCUGUGGGCAGGUCCCUCUUGUGAGCUGUACCGACCCUGUGUUUGCCCGCAAAGCCUUGUCUGGAGGUGAGCGAAGCAUAUUCGGCUUGAGCGGAGAGUAGGGGAGUGUCAUGGGGGGCAACCAGCCUCUUCCCCUUCACUCCCAUUGCCACUGCCAUUGCCGCAGCCCUUCCCACCUCCUUCCCAAGUAGUCGCCUUCCUUCUCCUUUUUCCGCCCUUGUUCCUGAAGGAAUCCACGUGUCUUCCUGAAAUCCCACUUUGAUCCUGCCCUUUGAGAACACCGUCAGUGCCUACUACAGGGUCUAGUCAGACCUCCGCUGAGCAGUCAGAGUCUUCCCUGAUUCCACAGAUCCCCUUUCCUCGGCUGACCAGCUUCACAGCUGGUCCCUCACCAUUCCGUGCCUGUCCCUACCCCCCCGUCCACUCUUAGAUUCUCUCCGCCCUCCUCUCUUUACCGAUCCAUUCAUAACCAUUCUUCAGAGCCAGUGACCACAUCACCGAGAGGUUGAGGUUUUUGUGACACCCUGGGCUGUAUCAUGGGAUGAGAUGAGCACUGCUGAAGGAUCUUGUGUUCACCUUAGUUUAAAAAAAGGGGGAGACUUUUUCCGAUUAUAAAAUUGAUAUGUUAAUUUUAGAAAAAUUAGAAAACAGAAAAGUAGUAAAAGGUAAAGAAAAAAAAGCAUAAAUAUUCUACCCAGUUACCCAGAGAUAAUCACUUAAUAUCUUGUCUCUUUUUGGGGUGUGAAAUUUUUACAUGGUUGUGAUCAUACUAUGUUCUCUAUCAUGCAGUUUUCAAUUUUAUAUUCUUUUUUUCCACAGUAACCAAAGUGUUAUGUGUAGUUAUUACAGACUUCUGCAAUGAUACUUUAUACUGGUAGUAAUAGAUUUCAUUGUGUAGUUUUAGGUUAAUUUGCUUAACCUUACUCUAUUGGAAAUUUAGAUUUUUGGCUGGCUUGUCAGUAUUAUAAAUAAUGCUGUAAUGGACAACUUUGUGAAUAAAAUGUUUUUAUGUAUUUCAAAUUAUUUCCUUAGGAUAGACUCUCAGUGCCAAGUUGUCAAAAGCAUCUCCAUUUUGCUCCUUUCCCCAAUUUCUUGCUGCUUUGGGUAAUCAAACUAAAAAAUAAAGCAAACAAGCAUGCAAAUAAAAUGCAUAAAAGCAAGCAACCAACCAACCAACACCUACAAUAGGUGAAAAUGAUAUCCUAUUUAGCUUUCUAACUCUUUGCACUCUUCCCUCUGGAUGUUUGUUUGUCCUUUGUAUUUCCAGUUGUGUGAACCUGCCCUUGAAUUUUGGUUAUGGGUUUCAAUUUUUAAACUAAUCAAGCGAACUGAUGUUUUCUCAUGUGAUUUUUCUUCCUGUCUUUUCCUGUUAAAUGUGGAAAUCCCUCCCCAGUCUGGAGAUUAAAUAAAUAUUCAUUUCACUUUG